UUGUAUAUAAACAGUUUUGUAUAAAUGCUAGCCAUCGAUUGUUUCUCCGCAUCGAAUCAAAUCGCCAACAAUCGAACGAUGAAGGUUGCAAUUCUUAUCUUUGCUUUGGCUGUGUCAGCCUAUGGAACUCCUCUGGUUGACAAAGAGGAGGCUGAAAUGGAAUCUUUCAUUCAAAAUCUGAUGUCUACCCACAAGCAAGAUGGGGCACAAGUCGAGGACUUCCUCCGUAAACUCAUGAAUGAAGAGGAGGAAACAGCUUCCGAACAAGAAAGUGAUGAUGAUGAUGAUGACGACGAUGUUGUAGAUAACCAGAGCAGCGAUCUCGACGAAGUUCAAAGUGACGACGAGGACGAGGACGAGGACGAGGACGAAUUGGAGGCUGCGGUCCAAGAGCUUAUUGCAACAUCACAAGAUGAUGAUACUGAUGAUAGUGAUUUGGAUGUUGCUGCUCUUCAAGAGUUGAUCGCCAAGUCACAAGACCCAGAUGUCAAAGCUCAAUUGGAGGCUGCGGUCCAAGAGCUUAUUGCAGAAUCACAAGAUGACGAUAGUGAUGAUAGUGAUUUGGAUGUUGCUGCUCUUCAAGAGCUGAUUGCCAAGUCACAAGACCCAGAUGUCAAAGCUCAAUUUUGGGGGAGUGUUGCUCGUCUCGGGGGACGGCUAUUCAGUAGGGUUGGGAGAAGGUUUGUGAGUAGGUUCGGGAGAAGAUCUAGCAGGUCUGGGAGAAGGUCCAGCAGGUCGAGGAGAAGGUCCAGCAGAUCGAGGAGAAGGUCCAGCAGAUCGAGGAGAAGGUCCAGCAGGUCUGGGAGAAGGCGUAGCAUGUCCAGGAGAAGGUCUAGGGGAUACAGGUCUGGACAACAGCCCAACCAGUGCUAAAUUGGGUGAGGUCAAAUUAACUGGAACUGAAAAACCGAGUCGUAGAAAACUGUUGUAGCACUGUAUAGCAGCUAUAUGUAUAGAAUGAAUCAUUUAAUCAUUAAAUCAGUGUGUGAAUUAGUUUGUUCAACAUGUUAUUGAGAUCAUUAAAAGAUUGGUACAUG